AUGCCAGCAGAUGACGCAGCAGACAAUGCCAGCAGACGACGCAGCAAUGCCAGCAGACGACGCAGACAAUGCCAGCAGACGACGCAGACAAUGCCAGCAGACGACGCUGACAAUGCCAGCAGACGACGCAGACAAUGCCAGCAGACGACGCAGCAGACAAUGCCAGCAGACGACGCAGCAGACAAUGCCAGCAGACGACGCAGACAAUGGCAGCAGACGACGCAGCAGACAAUGCCAGCAGACAACGCAGCAGACAAUGCCAGCAGACGACGCAGCAGACAAUGCCAACAGAUGACGCAGCAGACAAUGCCAGCAGACGAUGCAGCAGACAAUGUCAGCAGACGACGCAGCAGACAAUGCCAGCAGACGACGCAGACAAUGCCAGCAGACGACGCAGCAGACAAUGCCAGCAGACGACGCAGCAGACAAUGCCAGCAGACGACGCAGCAGACAAUGCCAGCAGACGACGCAGCAGACAAUGCCAGCAGACGACGCAGCAGACAAUGCCAGCAGACGACGCAGCAGACAAUGUCAGCAGACGACGCAGACAAUACAAGCAGACGACGCAGCAGACAAUGCCAGCAGAUGACGCAGCAGACAAUGCCAGCAGACGUCGCAGACAAUGCCAGCAGACGAUGCAGCAGACAAUGCCAGCAGACGACGCAGCAGACAAUGCCAGCAGACGACGCCAGCAGACGACGCAGACGACGCAGCAGACAAUGCCAGCAGAGGACGCAGACAAUGCCAGCAGACGACGCAGACAAUGCCAGCAGACGACGCAGACAAUGCCAGCAGACGACGCAGACAAUGCCAGCAGACGACGCAGCAGACAAUGCCAGCAGAGGACGCAGACGACGCCAGCAGACGACGCAGACAAUGCCAGCAGACGACGCAGACAAUGCCAGCCUCUAUGAUCCCUACAAUCAAAUAAUAUAUGACAGGAGAGAGAUCACGUAG